AUGGCAAACGAGAUGGUGGUUGAGGGACAGUCGUCGCUAUCCGCACACUCUACAUUUGCUAUCCAAUUCUUGAAAGAUAUAGCAGGCUCCGACCAAGCCGAAGGGGCCAGCUCAGAAAUCGGAGAACUCUUGAACACUCUCGGACACAUUGUUGACGUAUUCAAUGACCAGCGCACAUCGCCCAGUCCCCUGUUUCCACGAGCACAAAUGACAGGAGCAGUUGGUCCACAGAGCUGUCAAAUGCCUCCGAUUCAGACUGCCGUCGCUGUCUUGCGAGAUGCACAGGCAGAACGAGAAUUCUCUUUUCUUCAUGCUUUUGACCCUCCAUAUAUCUUGAAAAACUUGUCUGAUCUAUGCCUCAAGGUAUAUUUCUCGCAGGACUACUCGGAUGCGGAGUUCAUCAUCCUCAAUCUCGCGCUGUAUUGUAAGGUCCCUCCUGUCUGCAAUUCCUACGCUGUGGGUAUAAAAAAAAUAACAGAAACAGCUGCCCGCACCGAGUUGCAGUGGAGCGAGCUUAGAUCAACAGAGGACUCGCCCAAUGAAUACGACACACUGGCCUCCAUGUGUGAAACUAAUAUCGAGACAGCGCUUUCAGGGCUAUCGCUCUACGUGAAAGCCACCUACGAUAUGAUUCUUGCCCUCGUUCUAGGGACUGUACAUGCCGUCGAUACCUCGAAACCGUCUCUAGCAUGGACUCUGAUCAGCGCGGCCUCCCAAGGCUCAUAUUCACUCGGUUAUCACACUCGAUCCGUCGGCGCAGACAGGACAUCAAAUGAGCCGAAUGAAAAGGGCCUACUAUUCUGGGCCGUGUACUCGCUUGAAAGAUUCUUGUCUUUACGACUAGGCCGUUCAUCGACUAUCCCAGACUGCGAUAUUACAGUUCCACUACCAGGUUCUUCUCAAGGAUCGUAUUCGCUGGCCCUAGACUAUUGUGGCCACCAAGUGAAGCUCGCCCGUCUGGCCGGACAGGUCUACAAAAAGAUAUACAGCGCAAAAGCACUUUUGCUUCCUGUGGAUGUCCGAAGACGCCGGGUGAUAGAGCUGUCGCAGGAACUGAAUGAGAGCUGUGAGAUAUCUCGUCAAAUCAAUGAACGCUGGGUUCAGUGUACUACAAGUAUCGUCGGACGACAGAUAGCCAGUCUGUUGUUUACAUCGGACGAAGUGGCGCAUCUCUCAAUGCUGACGCUCGUCCAACGAGCCAUGCCCGCGCAGAGCGAUUCAGGAACCCUACUAAGCACAGAGUGUGCUAAUUCCGCACGCGAAGCUUUGGAGCAGCACCAAAAGUGCAUGGCCGAGCUCAGAGCACAAGACACAUUUGUAGUGGCCCAUCUGAACUGGACAAUCUUCUUCGUCCCCUUCGCCCCAUUCAUCGUCCUAUUCUGCCACGUCAUCGAAACAGGCGCGAUCCAAGACCUGGCCCGUAUGCAAAGCUUCGUCACCUCCAUCGAAUCUGCCUGCCGCCACUCCAAAGCCAUCGCCAAGCACCACCGCCUCUUCCAGGUGUUUUAUAGCGUGGCGCUGCGGCAUACCGAGCUGCGGUGGGCGCCGACGCCCACGCAGGAGGAGUCGUUGCGGUUGCGGAUGGAGAUGGAUGCGCAUCUUAGUGCGCUGGGGCUUCCUCAGACGGCUCUGGCUGCUGCCAAUCAUUCUUCUCAUACUGGCACUGAAACCCAAGAAACCGAAACCCAUCAGGGUCAGGCUAUGGCGUGGUUGGGAGAUAAUGCUCCUGGGUUGGGAACGCUGGAUCCCGUCCAGGGAGGUGGUAUGACCAGCACUUGGGAGGAUCAGGGGGCUCGGUUGGGGAAUUGGUUUUCUUUUAAUCAGCAUGUCAUGGAAUUGCUGGAUCAUAAUGAUUUGCCUUUUUGA